UCGGAUCACAUCUGUCAAAAAAUAUUGUUGCAAAUGCACGCAUCCUGAAAAGCGGACUGGAAAACACAGAAAAAUCCCGAAAUUAUAACUUAAACGUAGCUCUCCCUCACGAUUUCCGCUAUCCUGCGUUUAUUAUAGUGCUUAAGCUGUUGCAAAGUGUUACGGUCGGUUUGCAGGGAAGCAUUUGUUAGGCUAUUUGCAGUGUAAACAUGUCCGACGGUCAGGAAACGGUCCCGGAAGGAUGGGAAAAGCGUACCAGCCGUUCCACAGGAAUGACUUACUAUCUCAACGUGUACACCAAAGAAUCGCAGUGGGAUCCUCCUACGGCACCGGCAGAACCGGCUAACACUAAUGAACCACAUGAGGUGCAGUGUGCACAUCUGCUCGUGAAACAUAACAAAUCCCGCCGGCCGAGCUCGUGGCGAGAGGAAAACAUUACGCGCAGCAAGGAGGAGGCGAUCGAAAUACUCGAAUCGUACCGUAAAAAAAUAAAUUCCAACGAAUCGACGCUCCAGGAGCUGGCCCAACGAUACUCGGACUGUAGCUCGGCCAAGCGGGGUGGCGAUUUGGGCAUGUUCAAGCGUGGCAUGAUGCAGAAACCGUUCGAGGAUGCGGCGUUUGCGCUGAAAGUGGGCGAUAUGUCCGAUAUUGUCGAUACGGAUUCGGGCGUUCAUCUGAUUCUGCGGUUAAAAUAGACAGCUGGCACGCUCCGGCUGGUUGAUUUUGUUUCAGGUGCUUGGCACAGCACGAACUAGCGGCAGCAACAGAGCAAAAUUAAAAAUCCAUCUUUUGAGUUCGAAUUUA